AUGGUCAGGUUAUUCUCUACAAGUGCUCGUGCAGCAAAGGACCUUUCGAAGAUCAUUGAUAAAUCGGGCAAGAUACCCAAGAUUGUUGGGCCAGCUACCAUCUACAACCCCAAGUCGUCUGCUUCUAAUUACAAGGGUUACUUGAAGGCUAAGCUUCCAGCAGGUUUGUACUAUGAUCCUGCACCAUCGUCUAUCCAUGGGUCGAUUCAUUCAGAAACCAUUCCAAAAUCUUUUCUACCAGCAAACGACCCAAGACGUGAGAUUGUGGACGAGUUGACUGCCAAAGAUGCUGAAAUAUCCAAGGUAGCGCCGGUGCUACAUAACAAGGGCGAGAAGACAUACCAUUUGAAGCCUGAAGAUAUCGAGGAAAUCAAGAGAUUAAGGUUGGAAGACCCAGUGAAAAACUCCAGAAAGGCAUUGGCCAAGAGGUUUAAGUGCUCUCCACUCUUUAUAUCGCUUGUUUCUGAGCCACCUAAGGAGAGAAAGGAGGAAAUGGAGCAAGUGCUGGAAAUGAUUAAGAGCCAGUGGCAUCCUUUGAGAGCUGCUGCAAGAGCCGACAGAAAGAAGAGAAAGGCUCUUUGGUAUAGAGCAUAA